AUGAGCCUGUUUGGUAAAUUCAAGAACCUUUUCAAAGGGUCACAACAGGACAGUUUCAAGACACCGCUUCCGGCAAUUAUACAAAAUAAUGUCGAUCCCCGUGACACAUGGCAAAUCAUCGGUGAAUUGGGAGAUGGCGCCUUUGGAAAAGUCGAGAAAGUUGUGAACAAAAGCGAACCUAAUCUUUUUGCCGCUGAAAAAUGCAUCGAAGUUCAAGAUGGCGAAGAGCUCGAGGAUUUUCUGGUCGAAAUCGAGAUUCUAACGGCGUGCAAACACGAAAACAUCGUUUCACUUUUUGCGUGUUACUUCUUCGAUCAAAAACUGCAUAUGAUGCUUGAGUUAUGUAGUGGAGGUGCGGUUGAUGAUAUCAUGAUUGAACUCGAGAAGCCGCUCACCGAGUCACAAAUUGCCUACAUUGCUAGAAACUGUUGCGAAGCACUUCGGUUUCUACAUCAAAAUAAUGUGAUACAUCGUGAUUUGAAGGCGGGAAACAUCUUGUUGACUCAUACCGCGACAGUUAAAUUGGCUGAUUUUGGAGUUUCUGCGAAAUUGAAAGAUCGAAACGAAAGAAGAGACACUUUCAUCGGAACGCCUUACUGGAUGGCACCAGAAGUGAUGAUGUGUGAAACAUUCAAAGAUCAGCCAUAUGACGUUCGAUCCGAUAUUUGGUCAUUUGGAAUCACGUUGAUUGAAAUGGCGCAAAUGGAGCCUCCGAAUAGCAACGUUUCACCGAUGCGUGUCCUCAUCAAGGUUCAAAAAAGCGAGCCGCCAACUUUGGAAAAUCCGAAUGCAUGGAGCCUUUACUUCAACGAUUUCCUAAAGCAAUGUCUCAUGAAGGAUCCAAACAAUCGUCCAUUGGCUGAAGAACUAAAAUCGCAUCCAUUCUUGAAAUCGGGCACAGAUCGACGAUCGGUGUUAGCGCUUUUGGCCGAGAUGAAAGCAGAAGUAAAACAAGUAGAGGUCAUGGACGACAAUCAAAGUGUUGACGAAAGUGUUGCUGAUUCCGAAGAUACAGAUGAACGCACUUCGGCUGUUUGGAACGAAUCGGAUGUCUCACUGAUAUCGAGGAAACAUCGGCCCGCUCCCCCACCACCACAACCACAAGCUCCGAAGAUCUUGAUACCCCAGCCUCAACCCGUUCAGCAGAAACCAAGGGCUCCAUCUCCGCCACCUGAUCGACAGCCCAUGCAACCGCAAUUGUCGAAGAAUGGUCUCUCUUCGGGAGAAGAGCACACGGCUCGGGUCGAGAAGUUCCCCGCACCACCGCCACCGAAGAGUUCAUCAAGGGAGAGGUCGACCAAUGGACAGCAUGUUGAUGAACCACGCCUACUCAGCCCUGGCCAAGAAGCGAUGAAUGUAUUGGAGGACUUGAAUGUGCUACUCGACAAAGACACCAAUGGAAAAAGCGAUUCGGGGUCAAUUGGUCAAGCUUCGCCCAGGAAAAUGCCGCCGCCAACAGUUCAUGAACGAAAAUCUCAUGGCAGUCAUGUUGUGCAUUCACCGGAGCCCACUCGACUCAUUAAAACAGUUGUGGAUAAUGCAAGACACUCUGUCCCGUCGCCCGUUCUAUUAACACAGCCACAAGUUCGAGCCGCUUACAGUGAAGAGUCUAUGCAUAAACGAUCAUCUGAAAGCGUGAAUGCCGAUAGCAAAAGCAUUACCAAGUCCGAAUCAGCACAGAGUGUAAAUAAAAACUUUGCCAAUAUUAUUCGGGUUAGAAUGGAUGUCAAUGAUAACGAGUCGGAGAAACGGGCAUCUGCUGUGAAUGAUUUGAGGAAUCGUUUUGAAACCACGUCGAACGAGUCAGGCACCAGUUCACCGUCGAUUUCAAUUCCAGAGGGACAUGUGCAAAAUAAAAUCAAGCAGGUUAUUCAUGAACAGCAAUCACAAGAGUCGGGACAAAGCGCUGAAAAAAUCAAAUCGAAAAGAAGAGAAGCGGAUGCGAUUUUGUUCCAGCCGGCAGUUUCGAAGAUUGCUGAAUCGUUUGAGCAUAUCAAACCGGAAGGAGAUGUUGUUUUCACGCCCAAAGUCCCUGUUCCUGUGCAAAAUGGUGUCCAUCGCAAGGAAUCUAGUCAAUCAUCAAACGGGUCUGCAAAACAAGCGAGCUCGACUCAACGAUCAAAUGCGAAUUUUGAACAAAAACCCUCAACAACAAAUGUUCCCCAUUACGAAGAUGAUGAUUACUUUGCUGAAGACAAACGAGAGCUUGCGGGAUCGAUGCCACCACCAGAACCUCCAGUUGAUUACCAUCGAGAAAGGAGUGAAAGAAAAGCGAGAAGUGCGAGCAAAGAAAACCAACAACCAAGCCCGAUUUCUGUUUCUUCAUCGACGAUUGAGGCCACAGAAGUGAAAAGAAGAUUGUCUCCAACGAUAGAGCAACAACCAGAACCGACAGCUUUGGCUCCUAUAUCAACAAACGGACACAUCAGGAGAAGAAACCCAAAUCGGCAGACGGUCACGAAAAAGACGAGAACCUAUAUGGUGGAUGGUGUCGAAGUGACUUCAACAACUCUACAUGUUAUGGGGAAACAACAAAAUUUGCAGCUAAAGCGUCAAGAAAUGCAAGAGUUAAAAAGGUUACAAAGAGAAGAGGGUCGACAACUUCAAGAACUUGAGGCACAAGGCUCGCAUCUAAAUGAACAGCAGGAGAAGAAGCAACAACAAGAAAAAUCGGCUCUUCAACGGCAGUUUGAACUUGAUUUGGAGGCUUUGAAUCGGAAGCAGAAGAAAGAAAUUGAAGAAGCCGAACGAAUGCAAGAUGAAGAACUGCGAUCUGCGUCAAAAAGAUUGAAAUACGAACAAGAAAAAGAUAUCACAGCAUUUCGAGAACGGCUUCGACAAGAGUUGAAGAUUGUGAAACAAGAAGUCGAGAUGCUGCCGAAAACGCAAAGAAAGGAGGCGCUCAAGAUGCGAAAAGAUCAAGCGGAGGCUCAAAAUAGGAUGAAGGAGCAAGAAUUCGGGCAACAACUGAUGAUCAAUGCAAAUACAACUCUUGCGAGGAUGCAGCAAAAACACAAAGAAAAGAUCGCCAGCCUAGAACGUCAAUUUAUUUUGCAAAGACAUAUGCUGCUGCGAGGAAAAGAAAGUGCUGAGUGGGAACUUGAAGAGCGUGUCAUGAGCGAAAGGUAUGUACUGCAUCGGAAGUUAUUCAAGGAUAGAUUCUUCCUUCUGCGCACUCAAAUGCUGUCGAGGCAACAAAAAGAGAUGUCACAAAUGCAGAGAAUACACCAAAUGGAGGAAGAUGAACUUAUUCGUGCGCUUCAACUCGAUCGAAAGAGAUUACCAAAAAUGUUGCGCUCUGAGGCUAAGACAAGAAGCAUGAUGUUUAAAGAAUCGCUGCGGAUAAGUCUUCAGGCUGAAUCCCAAGCUGAAUUACAAGACAGAAUGCGACGUUUCGAGGAGACGGAGAAAUCAAGAAUAAACAAUGCGCUCAAGGAACACGAUCAGAAAAGUCAACGAAAAGUACAGCUGCUAAAAGAGCGACAUUUAGCCGAGAUACAAGAACUCGAUGAGGCACAAAACGACAAUCGAAAGUUGCUUCUCGAGAGAGAACACGCGACGAUGGCUGAACACGAGCGAAAAUAUGCGGCGACUAGAGAACAAUGGCAUCGAGAGCUGGCCCCAAAAAAAAUGGAUCUCGAGCAGAAAUUUCAAGAAGAACUCGAAUCGCAAGAGCAAUUUUAUGGAAUCUCGCUGGGUGGCGGAGGAAGUUUGAAUGGCACGAUCAGCUCGACUUCAAUGCUUCCGGCUCACAUGUACCCA